AUGAUUAGCAGAAAUUUAAAUAAACUUCAAAUUAAUUCUCCAAUAGUAUCUAGUGGUUUAAGAUAUUAUAAUUCAAAUGAACAAAGAGAUAUUUUAAUUAUUGGGGGUGGACCUGCUGGAUAUGUGGCAGGAAUCAAGGCAAGUCAACUUGGUAUGAAGGUGACGGUGGUUGAGAAACGUGGAAAGUUGGGUGGUACUUGUGUUCAUGAUGGUUGUAUUCCCUCCAAGGUAUUGUUGCAUUCAAGUCAUUUGUUUGACGAAGCUAAAUCCAAGUUUGGUAAAUUUGGUAUAACUGGUGCCGAUCAACUCCAAGCCAAUGUUGUGGAUAUGGUUAAAAACAAGAAUGAAACAGUGUCAGACUUGGCCGACGACAUUGAAGUAUUGUUUGAAAAGAAUAGAGUCGAUUAUGUUAGCGGUCAAGCCACUAUCAUUUCUCCAACCAAAGUCAAGAUCAUUUCAAAUGACAAUGGAGAGGAAACUAUUAUCAACACCAAGCAUAUCAUCAUUGCCACUGGAUCUGAGAUUACUUCAGUCCCUGGUAUAGAGAUUGACGAGAAGCAAAUCAUCUCUUCAGACUCUGCUUUGAAUUUGCAAUCCAUUCCAAAACGUUUGGUUAUUAUUGGAGGUGGUUUGAUUGGAUUAGAGGUAGGAUCUAUCUGGUCAAGACUUGGUAGUCAAACAACCAUCAUUGAACGUACACGUAUUGGUGGAGGUAGUGAUAAUGAAAUGGCAACCCAUCUACGUGGCUUGUUAGAGUCUCAAAACAACAUGACGUUCCACGUCCAAACACAGGCCACUAGAGUAUCCAAGAAUGAGGAUGGGUCGGUCACAGUCCACGUUGAAUCAAUUGGUGAAAAGGGAUUGAAUGGUAGUAUCGAGGCAGACAUUGUUUUAGUGGCAGUCGGUCGUCGUGCAUUCACCCGUGGUCUUGGUCUUGAAAAGCUUGGUAUCGUCAUGGACGAACGUGGAAGUAUCAAGGUUGACGCUAACUUUUGCACCAAUGUCGAGUCGAUCUUUGCCAUCGGUGAUGUGAUCCGCGGUCCAAUGAUUGCACACCGUGCUCAAGAAGAGGGUAUUGCUGUCGUUGAGCAUCUGCAUAGUGGCGCAACACACAAGUACGGUUCUAUCCCUUUGGUCAUCUACACACACCCCGAACUGGCUAUUGUAGGACUAUCAGAGGAACACGCCAAGAUGAUGAGUAUCUCCUACAAGGUCGGUACCUUUCCACUCCAUGCCAACAGUCUUGCUCGCGCCACUCACCAAUCCAACGGUCUUGUCAAGAUACUCGCCGACGCUACCUCUGACAAGAUCAUAGGUGUCCACAUCAUCUCCGAUCACGCCAGUGAACUCAUCGGUCAAGGUGUACUAGCCAUUCAAAACGGUAUCACCACCAAAGAUAUUUCAAGAGAUACUGAGAUAUAA